UUGUGGGAGCAUGUCGAAGAAUAAAAAGUGUAGUUUGGGUCGUCAAAAGAUCCCAAUAGAGAAAAUACCCAAGAAGAGUCAUUUGCAAGUGACUUUCUCUAAACGUCGUUCGGGAGUGUUCAAGAAAGCCAGCGAACUUUGCACCCUCUGUGGGGUAGAGAUCGCCAUCGUCGUUUUCUCUCCUGCAGACAAGGCCUUCUCUUUUGGCCAUCCAGAAGUUGAGUCCCUCAUCGAUCGCUACACCAUGCGGAACCCUCCACAAGAUUCCAGUGCGCAGCACCUCGUUGAGGCUCAUCGAAAUGCGAAUGUUCGUGAUCUCAACAUGCAACUCACUCAGGUUUUUAACCUUCUGGAGAUUGAAAAGAAGCGAGGGGAUGAACUGGAUCAUGUGAGGAAAGCUAGGCAGAAACAGUUUUGGUGGGAGAGCCCUGUCGAUGAGCUUGGAUUGCAUGAGCUUCUCCAGUUAAAGGCCUCCACUGAGGAACUCAAGAACAACAUAGAAAAACAUGCCAGCAAAUUCAUCAUUGACCGCUCUACUGCUAUAUCUUCUUCGUCGAUUCUUGGACCUAGUAAUGGAUUUGCUGCAUUCGAACGCUAUGACGCCUUUGAUAACAAACCUGAUGUUGGGAUUCCCAUGGCUUCAUCACCUCCCGAUGCUCAUUAUCUUGCUUUUCGAAAUUGGUAUCUUUGAUCUUCUUCUAUUCUUUUCAGAGGGCUCAAUCAGAAA